AUGCUUCAAAAUGCCAACUCUCAAUGCACCUCGUGCAAGGACAUCCAAAAGCUGCGGCAACUGCCGCGCCGUAAAACGACGCGUGGGUCUCCCUUUCCUAUUCUGGCGAUGUUUGUCAUUAACACGGCCGCACAGUGCGACAAGCAGGUUCCCCAUUGCGGUCAAUGCAUUCGCACCCGCCAAUCUUGCCCUGGAUACCGUGAUGACUGGGAUUUAGUCUUUCGCGAUCAGACAAGCCACACAAUCAAACGGUCUAAGAAGACACUAGAAAAGAGUGGGGCCUCAACCAAGGUUAUCCCCGUGGCCGCACCGGCCCGUGGUCCGGAUCCCAAUCUUGACGAGAUAGGCGUGAAUUAUUUCCUCCAAGACUUUGUUGCGGGUGGCCGCUCCCCCUCACGUGGAUAUCUUAACUACAUUCCAACUGACUAUUCCGCCGAUGCCGAGCACCCGACCCUCUUCACCAGCAUGGCGGCUGUGGGCCUUGUGGCGUUGGCCGCUCGUCAACCCGAGCUGGUACGUCACGCGCGCGCCAAAUACUCCGAGGCGAUUAAUCAUGUCAAUAAUGCGUUGGCAUCCCCUGUUGAGUCACUCAAGGACAGCACCUUAAUGUCGGUGAUUUCGCUUGGGAUUUUCGAGCACGUCUCAAACUUUGAGUCGUGGGUUCGACAUGUCAAAGGGGCUGCAGCGCUGGUGAUUGCCCGAGGUAAAUUUCAAUUUGCCCGUCGGCCUGCCAUCUUGAUGUUCAACCAGGUGCGCGCAGAUAUGACGACUGCCUGUAUACAAAGUAUUCAGCCGUUUCCAGACGACAUGCGUGAACUGCAGGAAGAGGCAACCAAAUAUGCUGACCCUUCUGAUGCAUUCUGGCUACUUGGAGUGCUUGCUAGCCGGUGUGCGACUCUUUUCGCAAAUGUCACAGCGAAACAUAAGGGCUUCCCUUCGUCAAAAUCUUGGUCUGAUUUCUUGAAAGAAUCGGUCGCAGUUCAGGAUGACUUCGAAUAUGUUCUCGAUGUCCUUGCUAGACAGGAAUCGUAUACAACCAUCCAGGAGACUUGUGGGAGCGCGGAGUUUAUCUCAUAUAAUGGUCAAUACAACCUAUACAGGUCAUUUUGGGCAAUAAGGCUUUGGAACAACUCGCGAAUGGUUGAGAUCAUCAUUUGCGAGAUCAUAUGCUGGCUCAUCAAGAAGGUUUUUGACGAGAAUAUGCCGUACCCCUAUGAGGGCCAGCUUAAUCUUAAAUCAAAGCUGCAAUAUGCGAUGCAGAUCGUCGCAAGAAGAGGAGAGGAGAUAUUGGCCAGUGUCCCACAGGGGCUAGGGCUUGUAUUGUUACCCGAUCUCGAUAAUCCCCAACAGCCCAACGUGUCGGGAGGUUAUAUGCUGAUUUGGAACCUCUAUACGGUCGGAAAGUCUCCUGCGACUAGUCAUCGAAAUCGACAAUGGAUCAUCAAGCAACUGAAGGAUAUUAGUAAAAGUGCAGGUAUUACCAUGGCGUUUCAGCUUGCCGAUGACCUUGUUAAAAUAGAACAAAGUAUAAGUUCAUAG